UCCGGAACAGCUUUUUACUCCACCUUAGCUUUAAAAAGCUCAAAGCUCGCAAAUUUUUUCAAUUAAUUUCCCAACAACAACAAAUCCAGCAAUCUUUUCACUGGUAAACUCGUGGAAGAUGAUGUGUCGCAAUGCGCAUCUUGCUGAUCAGGCAUGGCGAGUCCGUUGACAAUGUAGCUGGCCUCUAUGCAGGCUCCCGCGAUUCUCCCUUGACAAAUCACGGUGUUCUACAAAUAAAGAGAUUGGGUGCUCAUCUCGCGAAGUGUUGCGAAACCACUGCCCCAAUCAAGUACAUAUUCACCUCCAAUCUUCGAAGGGCUUAUGAGACAGCCGGUGCUGUAUCCAAAGCUCUUGCUGAUACCCGAAUCUCUUCAAGCGGUAGUGAAUCGGACACACAUACUCCCCUGGAGGUCGUACAACUCCCUGAGCUACGAGAGAAGGACUAUGGGUCAUCCGAAGGCAAAAAAUACAGAAAUCUCAAUGGUCUAAUUCAACCGGACUCAGAAACUCCCGAAUCCAUGAGAAUCAGAAUUGAUCGAUUUCUGGAUUCCCACUUGACCCCAAUCGUUGAUACACAUGUGUCCGAUAAGAUCACAGUUGCUAUAGUAGCACACGGCGUUAUCCUCGGUGUGCUGUUGAAAGGAUUGCUUAAACGCUUUCCUGGCCCGACUGGUUCUGCAGUACGCCACGGAAACCGUGACAACUGGCCGGAGUCCGCAGCAUGGAGCAACACUGGUGUACUUCAGGCUAGGCUUGAAAUGGCCAACAGUGUGUCGAAACCAGGUUGCCCAAGUGAUGCCGUGUCUGUCAGCCCAGCGACCCCGGGAGACGAUUCGAACUUGCACAAAGGGACAAUAUGUCUGACCGUUGAGUUUAUCAACAAUGUUGACCACCUCGAGGGUCUGAAAAAGACGAGAGGUGGCAUUGGUAGCACUAAAUUUGACUCACGUCAGAGGACCAUGGACUCGUUCUUCGGGCCUGCUUCAAAGAAGCGUAAGCUUGGGGACUCAUAGUCUACUAAUUUAGCAAGUCUCCUUUAGAACCCAUCCGGGAUUCUAUGAUCAUGAUGCGCUUCCCAGAGAUCGAGAAGAAGUAGUGCUGUAGUACACCUCAUUACUAUCAAGUACCAAUCAGCUACCAGUACUUUGGCUACGAAUUUUGCCGUAAUCCUAGCUUCAUUGUUGAGGAAUAGGA